AGUAGUGUCCAGAAGAUCUUAUUGUGAAAACAUUAAAUAAUAAUUUUUCAUUAAAAUUUUUGAGAAAGAUGUAAUGUGGCUUUUAAGUAACAGUGCGGGCAGACUUGCUGAAGCUACUAGACAUUCUUAUCAAGGUGAACAAAUGGAUACUUUAUAUGCCAGAGGUGCACCUACUCUGAGUCACUGACUGCCCCCUAGACCAUCUUUGUAUAUGAAAUGAGUCAUAGAAAUUAGAGAUAAAAUUAUUGUAGAUCAUGAAGUUCAUUCUCUCGCAAAUGUCUUCCUGAGGAUUAGUCAACUGUUAAAUGGAUCCUGCUUUUAGCUCUCAUUUGCAUUGCUGCAAAUUGGAGGUGACACCAGCAGUGUACUUUUGUGGUCCCAAAUCACUGUGAGAGCAGGAUCAGCCUCUUCAUUUUGAGACUCUAUUUUACUUUAGGGAUUUUUUUUUUUCAUGGUGCAGGUGGCAUAGUCCAAGGGAAAGCAUUUACAAAUAACCUUGCCACAAAGACAACUCUGUUGCUUUGAGGCAGCAAGGGAACCAAUGAUCUUGAGAAGCUCAUCUAGUAAUUGCAUAUAUAGUAUGAAGGCUCUGGAUGGGAGUAGCAGAUAAAGGCAGAUGUCAGAUGUGAAAAUAAGUGGCACAAUAUUGUGAGCUAAACUCAUUCCAUGAAGGACGUUAAUAAUCUUGAGUAUAUUUGAAAGUUUUGAAGCUGAAGGAGACUUUGCUUCCACUCCUAAUAUUACCGCACAUCUUCCUGUGACCUAUGGCAAGUUUGUGCUUCAGCUUCUCUAACUGUAAAAUAGUCACAUGUACCUAAUAUUUACGCCACUUGCAGGUCCUUCCCUAGGAGGUUUUUGCAGCAGUAUAUUACUCUCAAAGAGCCACUUCAUCAAACAAGGUCACUGAGGGAGAAAUUAGUCACAGCAAUAUCUUGACAAUGUGCUGUGAUCUUCGUGUCUCUACCUUACAAGCCACCAGUGUCUGUAGCACACAUUUUUUAGCACUGUGCACAAGAGCCAAAACCUCCCUCAGUGCCUGGAGCUACUCCCUGGAAAUGUCUGUGUUGUCCUGCGUAUGACUCCAUGGCCAGAUUCGCUCCUGGUACAAAUCUGUGUGGCUCCAGUGACUGCAAUGAAGCUGCAUUAAUUCCCAGCAGUAGAUAAUUUGUUCCUGUGCCCUCUCUCUGCUCCUUCGCUGCCUGGUUACUUGGGGAGCAGGUGGGUAAUGCUUUCCAUCUAUCAGGGGCAGGGGCAGGGAAAGCACUUGGACAUGGGUAUACUUGCUUUAUGGUUACUGUUGUGUGAAGUCUUAAGAAGCAUCUCCUGUUGAUUUACUUCUAGUUUUUGAAAUUCAUUACUACACAAAAAGAUUAAUUAAACUUGACUGUACCAACCUGGGGCUGUAAAGGGUAACCUGGUAACCGCCAGAGUGGGCCAGAAGAGUUCUUCUGCACUUACUGUUUCGUAGCAAUUGAAAUACUUUUAAAACUGUGUUGAUUUUUAAAUAGAACUGGAAAGAAGUCUGAACAAUGUGAAUAAUGUCACAUGUCAACAUCACUUGAACAAUAUUCUUAGCGUUUUUUUAGAUUGGAAACCUUUUAUUUCAGUUUUUAAACAUUGUUUUACAUGAUAGAAAAAAAAUUCAAACCUAAGUGAAGCAGUUUAACUCUUCAUAAAUAAAAAAUUCAGCCAAUCAAACCUUAUGUAAUUUUGACUUUUCUGUUUCACAUGUUUUUCUAAUUCUUAGUUAUACAGGAUUUUGACAUUUUGAUGUUCUUUGCAAAAUUAAUCUUUUGUUCUUGAAAAUUCUUUAGCAACAACUCAGAAGAUCAUCACAAUUUGAUUUCUUAACCAUAACUUAAAAUAGUGGCUAAAAUAGGUUAAUGAUCUGAAACAAAAGAGAAAAUGAGAAUGUGACUGAGACCCCAGUACUGAAAUUUGCUAAGUGUUUGCAUCACUUUUUUGGGUAGCCAGUAAUAGGAACGUUGGGGUUUCUUGUUGAUUAGAUAUACAAAAGCUCCUGCUACAGUUGCAUCUUGCCUCUUUCACCUUCCUCUCUGAUAGAAAUCCUUCUGCAGCUAUUCAUCUACGGUUACUCAGAGCAUCUUUUAAACUAACUCCCUCUCUUCCUUUUUUCCCCUUUCAAGUGCUAUACUGUGCAUUUCUUUUUCUCAUUUCCCUGUUUCUUUUUAUCAAUGUGUUUUUGAGAGAGGUUUAUAAACCCAUUAGUGUUUGCAGUCUUGCCUGAGGUCAUGACACAAACAAAAAGUAUGAGAAAAAUAGAAGGUUCCCUCCUCAGCCUCUGAGUUUGCCUCGUAAAACAUUACAGAUAUAUUUUCACUUAUAAAAUCCUUCUAAGGCAAAAGUUCAAGAACCGCCUUGGAUUUUCACCUGUGUUUCACACACCAGGAACCUCAGUGCUUAUUAUUCCUCCCAAAGGCAACACUUUGCAUUUCCAAAUGCUCUCAGCUUGCAGAUUGGCAUAUUUACAGAUGAACUGCCUUUUGGCAGUGCUGUAUUUCAUGGUAUAGCUAAUGUUCCACUUCAGAGCUUAUAUGAAGCCUAAAAGUAAACACAAACUGAUGAAGAAAAAUUGCUUUAGAUGCAUAUACAUUUUCUGUGUUACCACAAGAUAGAAAAUGUCUAUGAGCUGUAGAAGCCUGAUGGGAUGCCAGAAGUGGCAGGUAAUUGGGUUAAGUGGAGCAAGCAGUUUCAUCUGCACAGUGCUGAAAUACUUGCUUGCUGAUACUGUCCUCUGUUCUCUCCUCUUCCUAUAUGCACGGUGCCCUAAUAUGUUGCUGUAAUGCACGAGUGGAGCCCUUACGCUCUUGUGGAUUGUCACAGACAUCCAGACUCUUGUGCACCUGAAGUGAUGCGGCGGAUUAAUCACACUUGUGGUAGGUUCAGGAUACUCAGGAGGGACGAUGAUCCAGACACUUCUUGACAUUCUUUGGGACCAUGGAAGCAGAUUAAUUUUUGUAGCUUCUUUUUACACCUUCUCCAUGUUUUCAUCUGUUUAAAAAUCUGCUCCCAGCACUACAAUAUAAAUCACACCAAUGCCAUAUAUAAAGGUAAACAUCAUCUUCUGGUUCUUUCCUGUUUACACAUUCAAAUAUGGGUUUUUUUUGGUCCUUUUGGCCACUGCCCUGGAAGUUCAGUUAUUUGGCCACAUUAGAUCCACAAAUUCCUUUAAAAGCUGUUUAUUUUCAGGUUUCAGUCCCCAUACUAAGAGUUACCAGUGUUCUGUGUUUCAGGGCAGUUAGUUUCUUUUAUAUAUACAAAUGUUUUUAAUAUGAGCAAGAAUAUACUUAAAUGUAGCCAUUAAAAUAAUUUUUUUCAUAUUUAAAGGGCAUGUGCUUGACAAAUGAUGUCACACAGUGUACGUCUUAUAUUUUUAUCUACUAAAUCUAAGAUAUUAUGAAGAAAUAUCUACUAAAUACUAAAUAUAUUAUGAAGGCAUAUUCACCAAUUUUGUUCUAAAACAUAAGAAAAAGAAUCCUGUGAGAGCUUUUUAAAUCAAAAUACUGACCCCCAAUUUGAGGAUCAGUAAGUGUCCACAGAGACCUCCAUCAGCAAGAAGUAAUGGAAGUGCUACAAGGUAAAAACAGCUGGUGGUUGUACUCCAUUGCCAUGUUCUGUUUCAUUCAUGCAUGUUAUUUGGUUGUAUAUUUUAUUGCUGGUUACAGAACACAUCUGAAAGUGACAAUGAUGAAGUUGAUGGCAACAAUAUAUGUGGUUUCAGAAAGAAAAAGGGAGUCAAAGGUCCUACAAAGUACAUUCCUCCUUUAGAAAAUGAGAAGAUGGAGCUGUCCCACACCUCAAAAAUCCCAGAUCCUUGUCCACUUCAAGGAACCACCAGUUCCUCAGAACCACCAUCAGACCAGUCUCUUCAAAACCCAACUGGUUUCCCUCCAGUACAAAAGGACAGAAGAGGUCUUGACGGUUCCCACACUGGCAGUGACAUGGAAGAAGACAUGUCUGCAGAAACACGAGAAGUCCAGGAAUAUGCUGACACUGGGAAAAGAAAAGCAGGAAAAAUACACAAGGAAAUAAAUACACCAGCUAAAACAGAGCAGCCCACAGGCGUGCAACCUGUGAGGAGCACAGGGAAAGCUGGGUGUGCGGAGGCAGUGCGCAGGGGAGAGGGCAGCAAGAAGGCAGAGAGUAAGCAAGAAGAACAGGGUGCGAUGCAAGAAAAAGAUGUCAAGUUUCAUGUGGCCAAGAUGGGUGCCCUGGGCAGUACUGUGACCGCACAAGGGAGCGGUACUGCAGAGUCCUUCACGGGGGCCCCUGACAUUUCUAAACGAAGUCUGCAAGAGCUGAAAAAUCUGCUGAGUGAAGGUCCUCUGCCUGCUUAUGGGCCCCAUUACAGUGGCAAGACAGGUGGCACUUUUUCUCAGAAAAAUCUGAAGCCCCGGGAGAAAACAGCUGACAAGCAGGGCCGGCCCUUUGAGGCUUUUAGUCCCCAUUUUGGAGAGGAGAAUCAAAAAUACCACAGCUUCCACAAGGAGGGAGUGGGGCAGCAGAACAAACCUCUCUUGGUCCUCAGCUCUGCCGGGUCGGAUCAGCAGCAACCAGCGGGAAGUGAUGUGGAUCAACUGAUUCUGGGACUACCAGCAGCUUCUACACAUGCAGAAAACACAGCUCCUGAUAUUCCGUUCGAGCCCUCUGCAGGCCAUGCCGCAUCCAGCAGAGAGUCUGAUGUAAACAGCCUCGGAGGUCCAACUCUCCUUCACCUGUUCUCUCAUAUUGAAUUUAUUAAGCAGCAGAUGGCCAGGGACAACGUACAGUUUGUCAGAUUUGAAUCGAUAGACCUCCAUGGUGUGUCAAGAUCAAAGAAUGUUCCUUCUCGCUUUUUUCACGAGAAAGCAAUUCACGGUGUUGCCAUGCCCAGAAGUUAUCUUGAGCUGACAUUGAAUCCUAAAGAUAAUGAAUUAGAUUACAUAAAUGCAACCAAUUUUAAUUGUGACAUAAUCCUGAACCCUGAUUUAUCAACGUUUCGAAUAUUACCCUGGACUGAGCAGACGGCAAGAGUGAUAUGUGAUUCCUUCACCGUGCUGGGCAACCCGCUAAUGACCUCGCCGAGGCACAUUGCCAAGAAACAGCUGAGCCAGCUUCAGGACAAUGGUUUUUCUCUGCACUCUGCCUUCACUUAUGAAUUUUGUAUUUAUGGCAUUACUGAGGUUGUAAAUUCGAAGACAAUAUCCUUUCCUGCAGCCACGAUACUAAAUAACCAUGACCAGACUUUCAUUCAGGAGCUCAUUGAAGGAAUGUAUUAUGCUGGUGCCAACAUUGAAAGCUUUUCUUCUUCCAGUGGGCCUGGGCAAAUGGAGAUCACUUUUCAUCCAGCAUUUGGCAUAGAUGCUGCUGACAGUGCCUUCACAUUUAGAACAGGCAUUAAAGAGGUAGCUAAGAAGUAUAACUAUGUGGCUAGCUUUUUCUCAGAAUCAGGUUUCUACAAUUCAGGGGCUCUUUCACAUAGCCUGUGGGAUUUGAAUGGCCAGAAGAAUUUGUUUUCUGCUGGUUAUGGAGUUGAGGAGCUCUCAGAUAUUGGAAAAAAUUGGUUAUCGGGUCUCUUGGCACACACAGCAGCUAUCAGCUGCUUGAUGGCUCCUACCACCAGCUGCCGUAAGCCUUAUUCUAAAUACAGUAAAGAAUCAAAAGAGACUGUAAAUGCAAAAUGGGCAUAUAAUGAUAACAGCUGUGCCUUUAAUGUCAAAUGCCAUGGUGGAAAAGGCACUCAGAUCGAGAAUAAAUUAAGUUCUGCUACAGCAAAUCCCUACCUGGUGCUUGCUGCCACUAUUGCUGCGGGUCUAGAUGGAGUGAAGAGAGGGCUUAGGUAUGAUGAUAUGCUCCAAGAAGAAAAUCACACUGCUGACCUGAAACAUUCCUCAGUCCCUCUGAAACUGGAAGAUGCUCUUGUUGCACUUGAGAAAGAUUCAUGCAUUAAGGAAGCAUUAGGCGAAACUUUUAUCCGAUACUUUGUUGCCAUGAAACAUUAUGAGUUAGAAACUGAAGAAAUGGAUAGUGAAAGGAAUAAAUGCCUGGGUUAUUUUAUUUAGAAGGAGCACUCUUCUGUAGUGAUGCCGUGUAAAUGCAUACAGUGAAUGGCUAAGAAUCUUGAAAUUAGUAAAUAUAUUUUAAAAUGUUUUUAAUGCUUUGGGAAUUUCCCUCUCUCCUUUGUAUAGUACAUGGUGACUUGACUGCAUUUUAUUGUCCAUGUGCAUUCAGGACAGUGCAAAGCUGAUACUCAUAAAAUAACUUCAACAGGCUUUUAAAAAACAUUUUUUUUUUUCAAUUUAAGUGAACAGACUUGCUGGUGAUAAGAAGGAAAGAGGUGAAACAAGCAUCUGUACAUCUGUAAUGGGACUGUGCAAAGUGCAGAGAAGUAGGAAUAAUGGGGGUGGGUAGGGCAACGGGACAGGAGAACUGGUGAAGGAGGAAAAUUUCUUGUUCAGCAUGGUUAUGGGAUUUCUCCCAGACUAUCCAGUAGCUGAAGGGUGGCUAAACCAGAAGAAUCUGAUAAACCAGGCUAGAAUGAUGAACACUGCAGAAAGAGGGGCAAAGGAUUGUGGCUGUAGAACCUGAGGUCCAGGAGAGGGAUUAUAAAAUAAUCCAUACAUCAGGAAUUCUGCUGCUGAAUGAGGUUUGCAAGAAUUAUGGUGAAUAACGAUACUACAAGAAAUCAAAUGGUGGCUUUAAGAGGGAAUUGUUCAUAGAAAGCCAGGAGUAUAAGGCCACUGUGCAAUAAAAAAGGAGCUGGUAUUAUGUCUGUUUUGAUAAUUAAUGGGUUAGUGCAGAGUUGUACUGCAAAUGAGGAAAAAAAGGGCAAAGAAGCCAGAGAACUAAGAGCUCCAACUGGACUUUAUUGGGAAACCUAAUGUUAUCAAGGAUGAGGAAGAUGACAGUGAAGAGAGGAACAGAAACAUAAAACCAAAAAGAACAAGUGAAGAUGUGAAUUCAGAGACUGGCAAACAGUGGCUAAAGCAGAGGAAGAGAAGACUCAUCAUAAAAUUAGAAAUGGCAGCUGGUGUAAAGAAAAAUAAAGGUUUUGGAAUGGCAAGAGGUGGGUUUUAGAUGUGUUCUCUGUUUUCAUUACUGUUGCCACUGUCAUCCUUUGCUAUUAAAGAUAACCCUCGUUUCAUACCCCACCUCCCCAUGAAUUGUGAUUUCUGAUGUUCUUUAUCUUGUCACAAUAUUUUGAUCUAUGUGUAGGAAAGUGUGAGUGAAAGUGUUUAGUCAUCAUUGCAGUAAAAAUAAGAUUCAGCCAAUGCCUCUGUCAACUUGCAGAACUAGGAGGUGUGAACAGAAAUGUGCUAGUUGCCUACUGAUGGAUCUUCCACUCUUCCCCUAUGGAGUAUUGUACUUGAAAUGUAUUUGCCUGGUACACAAACACUUUCUGUGGAAUUCCAAAGAAGAACUCACUUUAUACUCAGGUAGCAAGAGGGAAUAAAUAAUCUAAGAAAAUAUGAUAAAUGCAUUCCCUUGUUUCAGUCUGUGCUUGGUGGGUGGAUUUGCUUCCCUCCUUUACUCAUCUGACCCAUUUUUUUUUGGGUGCCUCACCUCAUGAGACUGUUUUUCUUUGUUCCAGGCUGAUUUACAUUGGUCAGUUCUAGCCUUGCAUGUAAGCUGAACUUCCCAUUCUGAAAAUAUGCCUCUCUUUUGCUGCCCUACAACUUUUUCAGGGGCUCUGGGAAUCUGUGUGUCUUCUGACCUGUCUCCUGUCUUCUUCUGGUUGUUUCCCACUCUCAUCCUCACAAGCUCCUGGCAGAAGACACCCAUAAAAAUUCUUUCCUUGCUCAGACAGCUUACUUAUUAUACUCAUUAUUUAGUCCCAACAGUCACGUGGGUUAAGAGCUUUUCCUUGGUUUUUCAUCUGGCAAGGAUGUACUAAAGCACAACACUGCAUGUAUGACGUGUGUUAAUGUGGUUGAUAGGAUUUUUUUAUGGUAGUAAAUACUUUGGCUAAGUAAAGCUAUACCAGAAAAGGCUAUGGAACAUGUCUUAAGCUUCUGCGGUCAUAAUGAUUUUAAUUUCAAAGUUUAUCUAGAAGUUGAUCUCAAAAUAGAAACACAUUCCCACACCAGAGUUUCCAAAAUCCAGUUUUAGAUCUGUAUCUGCUUUUCACAAAUUAUUCUUUAAAAAUAAAGCAUAUUCAACAAAACAUGAGUGAACUCAGCCUUCUCAAUGAAAUACCUUAUAAAAUUGAGUUACAUGGCUCUUUCAGUUCUUUUGGGACUUGGAUAAGCCUACCCUGUCAUAACACUGACCACAUUUUGAAGUUGAAAACAGAGAAGAUAUUUAAGUUCACUUUCUACAUUGUACUUCUGGACCUGAUUAUAAGGAUGGCAAAAUGAAUGAAAGAAUCAGAUAAUAAAAUGUAUUUUUCUCUUAAUUUUAUAUAUGUUAGUAGGAUGCCAUGCUA